GUCACAGUUACAGUUUCCUGUCUCUACUCAGCCUUGGAGGAGUGACUAAGCUCAAACAUCUACAGUAGUAAGUAACAAAUCUACAGAUAAGCUGUAUUCUAAAAAAGGAAGUGGAAUUCACACAUAAAGAGACGUGAACAUAGAAGGACUGUUAAGAAACUAUCACUGUCAGCUUUUGAAAUCUCAUAAAUACCAUGGAGUCCAAUAACCUUACUGGUUGCAAUCCAACAGAAAAAGUGGUGCCCCCUGCUCUCCCUUAUUUACUUAUCAUUGAGCUCCUACUUGGCCUGCCAGGAAACUUGAUGGCUCUGUAUAUUUUCUGUCGCCACCUUCGAUCUUGGAGACCCAAUAUCCUGUUUCUAUUUAACUUGCUCCUGGCUGAUUUUUUCCUUUUGGUGAGCAUGCCAUUUCGGAUUCAUGCCUAUCUACAUUCUGAAAUCUGGGAGUUUGGUAAUGCCUGGUGCCGGAUCAACCUCUUCAUGCUAGCAGUCAAUCGGUCAGCAAGCAUUGGUUUCAUGACCGCUGUGGCUGUGCAUCGAUAUUUUAAAGUAGUCCAUCCACAUAAUAAAAUCAACUUCAUUAGCUCACGCCAAGCUGGAUGGAUCGCUGGUUUCAUCUGGGUUGUUGUAAUCUUAAUGAGGCUUCCUCUGUUGAUUGAGGACCAUAUGAUAACUGAGGAAAAAUAUUCUUUCUGCCGGAGUUUUAACAGCAAAAAUAUCACAUUUGGUGUAAAGUUACACUAUGCAAUAUAUAUUUUUGAGUUUUUCCUCCCUCUAUUGGUACUAAUAUUUUGCUCCAUUCGAAUUUCCUGCAUAUUACGACAGCGGCAGCUGAACAAAGAGAAGAAGGUGCGACAGGCUAUCAACACUGUCCUAGUGAUUGUUGGGGUUUUUAUCUUUUGCUUCUUACCUGGAGUUGCCACAGGACUGACUGCACUCUUUUUGAAAGAAAAGUUGAAAAUAUACUGUGAAGCUUACAAAGUAGCCAGUCAGCUGUUUGUCUUGUCCAUCGGGUUCACGUACCUGAACAGUGCCCUGGAUCCUAUCAUCUACUGCUUCUCAAGCUCCAUGUUCCGAAACGCACUAAAAUCUUCAAUCAAUCGAGUUGGAAUUGUGCAAUUACAGCUAAGCCGUCGAGCUAGCACAGUGAAUGGCAGCGAAAGCUAAGUAGCUGUUGGUUUCUGAAUGGAAACAAAUAUUUUGCAAAUACUUUUUUUUUAUUUCAUAAAAUUGCCUUCAAGUAUUAAAACGCACACAACAAUUUCCUUUUAUAAGACUAGUCCAAUAGAUGUAUGUAGGUGUGGGCUAAUGCUUCCUUUUUUAAUGCUUUUCUAAAGCUAAUUCCAAAAGCACAUGACAAAAUAUCCAUUUAAACACAUAUGAACUCAUUGAUGAAUGAGAUUUAAAGAGGUGCGUUAUCACAAGAAGUAAAGCUUAGUAUGAGUUUAAUAAUAACGUAUUUCUAAUAUUUUCAUGUAAAAAAAUAAUCUAUAACAAAUUUAUUUGAGAUGGUGUGGAGUGCUCACUCCAUCAGUCACUGAAUGAAUAAGAACAUUUUGAGAAAGAAGUGGUAUAGUCAAUAACUAUUCAAUAUAUGUUUUAUUUUGAUAAGAUUUAUAACUUUAUAACUGUUUUGGAGAGUUAUUUAUUUCUGUAAACUAAUUA